UCCAAGAUUUUUAAUAUGGCAGAUGACAGUGAAAUUAAAAAUAAAAUAGGUGAAGAAAAUUUUCAAUAUUUCUGUGUGAUAAUAUCCUCCAAUUGUGCAAAAUUCCACUCCAAGCGGAUAUUUACCAUCUAAAUGGUGGUGGAUGACUUGAUGUGGCUGCACAGUGAUAGUGUGUGAAGUGAAUGCGAAUCAUCUCGCGCCAUGAAUUGAGUGCCAAAAAGAAGAGAAAGUGACGGAAACCAAGUGCUACAAGUUCAAAAUUGGGCCCGAAAGUGGAUCUGUAAGAGAGAGCACAAGUGAUAGGGGAAUAGGAUGGGAAAUAAAAAUUCAUGCUGUAGCUAUGCGAGUCCAACGCCUGUCCGGAAGACACAGGCGGCUCCGGAGACGCCAGAAUUUAGCAACAAUAUACCAACAGGGCGUCUCCGGAGGAAGCCAAGUGAGCCCAAUUUGCCGCAUAUUUCGGAACGAGAAGCUGGAGAUGGGGAUAUUGACCCUUCGGUUCAUCCAUCUGCUGCCACAAUGUUCCUGGAGCGUUCGAAGCAGUGCCUGGAAAAUGGCAUCACACGCAAGAAGUCUCAGCAUCAGAUUGCUCCACAGGCUGGUGGACUGAAAAAGAGCAGCUCAUGCUCUACCAUCUACCUCGAUGAUAGCACAGUAUCUCAGCCUAAUCUCAAGAAUACGGUCAAAUGCGUAUCCCUGGCCAUCUACUACCACAUCAAGAACCGACAGUCAGAGAGGCGGCUGGACAUCUUCGAUGAGCGACUGCAUCCACUGACACGGGAUGCCGUGCCCGAAAACUACGACAUGCACAUGCCGGAACAUCGGCAAAUCUACAAAUUUGUCCGGACACUCUUCAAUGCAGCCCAGCUGACGGCUGAGUGUGCCAUCAUUACGUUGGUGUACCUCGAGCGAUUGCUAACGUAUGCCGAGCUGGACAUUGCCCCUUGCAAUUGGAAACGCAUUGUCCUGGGUGCAAUAAUGCUGGCCAGCAAAGUCUGGGAUGAUCAAGCUGUGUGGAAUGUUGACUAUUGUCAAAUUCUCAAGGAUAUUACGGUAGAGGAUAUGAAUGAACUGGAGAGGCAAUUCUUAGAAUUAUUGCAGUUCAAUACAAAUGUCCCAUCAUCCGUUUAUGCCAAGUACUACUUUGAUUUGAGGACUCUGGCUGAGGCAAAUGAUUUGUCAUUUCCCUCGGAGCCACUGUCCAAGGAACGUGCCCAGAAACUCGAGGCCAUGUCACGGGUAAUGCAGGACAAAGUGACUGCUGCAGCGCUCAAGAAUGGCGUGAAAAAAUGGUCCUCCAUGGACAAUAUCAACAAUCAACAAGCUGCACGACGAAGUGUCGCCAUUCUCUCGUGAUUUCACCAUGCACUAACUCGAGCUUAGUAGUGAGGAAAUCUCCUAAAAGUAAUCCUCAAUUUUGGGAAUUCAGUUUGAAUUUGAGAUUCAAAUGGGAAUUCUUAUCGUGAAACUUCGAGAAAAGUCCACAGAUCAAUAUACAUAGUAUAGCAAAGAGUGAGAUCAUAGGAAAGAGAAGAAGGAAUUGAAAAUGAAGAAGUAAAAAAGAAUCGAUAUAAUUUAAAGUACCAAAGUAACACUAGUGAAUUAUGUGUAUUGAUGAAAAAAAAAGAAAAUGAAACUUUAAGAAAAAAAAAGAAUUUGCAUGUAACAUUUUUUCAAUUUUUAUAUAAGAGAAGAAAAGGCAUGUGGAAAGAUUGUAAAUGUAGAAGGAAGGAGGUGAAGAAGAAGAAAAGUUGAAGCGAAAGCGAGGAGAGAAUCAAAAAUGAUGAUUGGGCUCGUGGUCCAAGAAAAAAAAAGACAUGAGACUGCAAGGAAAGUGUCAAUUUGAAAAUAAAUAAAUUUUCACAAAGAAAAAAAAUACCCCGAAAGUCAUUAGUUCCGUCUCAUAUUAUUCUUUAUAGAAUUAAAAUUUCGUUUUUUUUUAUCUGAUUAGAAUCGAAGUGCAAAUUGAAGAAUCAGUGCAGAAACACUUAAGAUAUUUUGUAUAAUUUUCAUUUUGUCUUUUCAUCUUAAGGAAUUUGUAAACAUUUUGUAGUUAAUUUCAUGAGAGGUGAGGAAGGAAGAAGAGCAUGAAAUAGAAAUAGAAAGUCAAAUAGGACGAUAGGAUAUACAAAAGAAAAUUUCACAUCUUCCGCAAAGAGCAGGAUAAAGAUUAAGAAAAGAGAAAAAAAAUAAAGAAGUAAUGAGAAAAAGUA